AUGUGGCCCUACGUGGAUUUCCACAGAUUAAUGGCUCCAAGUUAUCAACUACAAAUGUUUGAACUGGACAACCUUUCGGGGCUGUAUUUAAUCGCCUUCGCCAUUUGGCGAAGACCUCACAUCGAUACAGAGGCAGACCAACAAUACACAAAGAUCUCUGGCGAGGUAAUUGACAAGGCGGAAAUUCUUUGUCCGCUCGUUGAGUUUUCUCCAGCUAGUUUCAUGAAGGAGUUAGGAUUUCGGAAAGCUUCCGUUAUUUACACUCUCCAACCUUUGUCCCAAUCCAAGGCGGAAACUCCUGAUGCUCCUUGGCGCUCUGGGGAUGUCCCUUCCCUUGGCAUGGAUGAAAUGUAA